AUGUUGCAAUUAUUUCAGACACCUUGUUAUCAAAUAUUACGACAGAGAUUGUUACCAUUAAAAAAUAAUGGAUGCUACAUAAAUUUAAUUAAAAAUAAGCAGUCGUGUACAUUAACUCGUUCUUUUGUUGAUGUACAAAAGAAAACAUGUAAUGGUCCGGUCUUUUGCAAAGCACUUGCAACAAGAACUAUACAAAGGAGACCAAAUCUACAUGAUGACAGUGCUAAGUUUGAUUGGAAGAGGUUUUUGGAGUAUCUUAUACCUCAUAAAUGGUUGCUAGCCGCCGCUGUUGCUUCUGCAUUGGCAGUGGCCUUCCUAAAUGUCUACAUACCGGCGAUGCUCGGUGUAAUUGUUAAUGUUUUGGCCAACAUGAAGCACAACCCUACUGCAGAUUUCAUAGAAGAAGUCAAGUUACCAGCAUUGAAGCUAGUUUCUUUAUAUUUAGGACAGGCACUAUUUACAUUUUUGUACAUUCACCUGCUUGCCCAAGUAGGGGAACGAGUUGCGGCGCAGAUGAAACAGGACUUGUUUGUGUCAAUAUUACAACAGGACAUGGCAUUUUUUGACAGAGAGAGGACGGGGGAGCUUGUCAACAGGAUAACAGUAGAUGUGCAAGAUUUCAAGAGUUCCUUCAAACAAACAAUUUCUGGAGGUUUGAGGGCCAUUACACAGAUUGUUGGGUCGGCUGUCAGUCUUCUCGUCAUUUCGCCUCACCUGACCGGUUUGACUAUGAUUUGCGUGCCGUCUGUCGUCAUCGGCGGGACCUUCAUCGGCUCGCUGCUGAGGAAACUCUCCCGAGAGGCCCAGGCUCAGGUGGAGAAAGCUACCCUAGUUGCCGAGGAGGCGAUUUCCAACAUGAGGACCGUCCGCUCGUUCGCCGGCGAAGAGAACGAGGCGCGAAUGUUCGCGAAGGAAUGCGACACCGCCGCCCAGCUCAGUAUGGAGCUAGGGCUGGGCGUAGGGCUCUUUCAAGCCGGCACCAACUUGUUCCUCAACGGCAUGGUGCUGGCGACGAUGUUCCUCGGCGGCCACCUGAUGUCCGGCGGGCAGCUGUCGCCCGGCGACGUGAUGGCGUUCCUCGUCAACGCGCAGACGGUGCAGCGGUCGGUGGCGCAGCUCUCGCUGCUCUUCGGCGCGGUGGUCAAGGGCCUCAGCGCGGGCGGCCGCGUCUUCGAGUACAUCAACAUGCAACCACAAAUGGACACCAGCGGCUCAAAGGUGAUAAAGUACCACGAGUUCCACGGCGACAUUGAGUUCAAGGACGUCGCCUUCGCCUACCCCACAAGGCCAGAGGCCAUCGUUUUGAAGAACUUCAAUCUGAAGAUACCGGCCGGUAAGACUGUGGCCAUCGUUGGCACCUCGGGCAAUGGGAAGUCGACGAUUGCUGCUCUUUUGGAGAGGUUCUACGACGUGAACGAGGGCGUGGUCACCAUCGACGGGAUCGACGUGCGGGAUCUGGACGUGAAGUGGCUGAGGGGCAGAGCCCUAGGGCUCAUCGGCCAGGAGCCGGUGCUGUUCGCGACCACGGUCAAGGAGAACAUAAGAUACGGGAGGCCCGAUGCGUCCGACGAAGAGGUAUAUCGGGCGGCGAUGACGGCGAACGCGCACGACUUCAUCAACGGCUUCCCGGAGGGCUACAACACGCUGGUGGGCGAGAGAGGGAUGGCGCUAUCCGGCGGACAGAAACAGAGGAUCGCCAUCGCGCGGGCCGUGCUGAAGAACCCACCGGUUAUGAUACUGGACGAGGCCACUAGCGCCCUGGACUCUGCCAGCGAGCUGGUGGUGCAGACCGCCCUGGAGAGCGUCAGCCGCGGCCGAACAGUGCUCGUGGUUGCCCAUCGGCUCUCGACGGUCAUGAACGCCGACCUCAUAGUGGUGCUGAACCAGGGCCGUAUCGUGGAGAUGGGGACCCAUGAUCAGCUGAAGAAAUUGAAGGGACAUUACUGGAACCUGAUAAAGCAGCAAGACCAAGCACCAGACUCUUCUAGAACAUUA